AUAUAGUUGUAUAAACCUCUUGGAUCCCAUAUAAACCCCUUUAUUUAUCAAAGCAAAAGAAGAAAAUAAAGACAUCCCCACAACACAAAAGUCCUCCAUUCUUUUCCUCACAUUCUCUCAAAACUCACACACAAAACUCACACACUCGUUUUCUGCUUAGAGAAAAUGGUGGAUAUUGAUAUAGAUACGAAAAAUGAGAGCCCACGGAAAGAGAAAAAAAUGUUCAUCGGAGUUGUGUGGAACUGCGCAGCUGAGCUCAAGUUGCUGCUCACAGCUCUUCUCUUUCUCACGUCUCUCUUGACUAUCUUUCAGUUCCUACCUUCUCAACUCUCUUUCUCUUCCUUUUGCAUCUCGCCGGAAAAAAUGGGCCCCACUAACACCUUAAUUUCUAGAAACGCACUCGCCGGAAUAAUCCCGCCGGAAAAUGGAAAAACGGGGACAAGCCCACUUGAUCUUACGGAAAACCCACCAAAUAUCACCGACAUUUCCGCCGACCCAUCACCGCCGGAAACUCGACUUCCGACCGGCGUCAUUAAGCGACGGUUCAACACGUACGGCGCUGCUGCGUACAAUUUUAUACUAAUGUCAGCUUAUAGAGGGGGUCUAAACACUUUUGCAAUCAACGGGUUGUCUUCAAAACCUCUCCAUGUCUUUGGGAAACCAUCCUACACUUGUGAGUGGGUCCCACACGGGAAUUCCGGCGAGCCCAUCAAGGUUGCUGGCGAGAAAAUCCUGCCGGACUGGGGCUACGGCCGUGUAUACACAGUUGUUAUAAUCAACUGUACUUUCCCCACCCCAGUUUAUAAAACUGGCGGGAAAUUGCUCCUCCAUGCCGCCGCCAACGGGGGCGGCGACACGGAGCUGAAUGUGACAGACACAUUUGUUGUGUUAACUGAAGCUCCUAAUUCACUGAACCCUAGAAUUUUCACUGACCCUCCUAAGUAUGAUUAUUUGUACUGUGGGUCUUCACUAUAUGGUAAUUUAAGUCCACAGAGAGUGAGAGAAUGGUUAGCUUAUCACAUAAGAAUGUUUGGUGAGAAGUCACAUUUUGUUAUACAUGAUGCUGGUGGGGUCCACCCUGAAGUGAUGGAGGUGUUGAGACCUUGGAUUGAGAAAGGGUAUGUCACAUUACAAGAUAUUAGAGAUGAAGAAAGGUUUGAUGGGUACUAUCAUAAUCAGUUCCUUGUUGUGAAUGAUUGUCUGCAUAGAUACAAGUUUAUGACCAAGUGGAUGUUUUUCUUUGAUGUGGAUGAGUUCAUUUUUGUGCCUAAGAAGAGUACAUUAAAAUCGGUUAUGGAUUCGUUUUCUGAGUUUUCGCAGUUCACAAUUGAGCAAAUGCCUAUGUCGAAUAAGUUGUGUCUUACUGAAGAUAGAGGCAAAAGUUACAAGAAAUGGGGAUUUGAGAAACUGGUGUAUAAAGAUUCAAAGAAAGGAAUCAGAAGGGACCGUAAAUAUGUUGUUCGACCACGAGACGUGUUUGCAACUGGAGUUCACAUGUCUCAGAAUAUGGUCGGCAAAACAACGCAUAAAACUGAGGGGAAAAUCAUGUACUACCAUUAUCAUGGAACCAUCUCAGAAAGACGCGAGCCAUGUCGCCAACUAAUCAAUGUUACACAGCUAAAUUUUGAGCGAACUCCCUACGUUUUGGACACCACAAUGCGAGAUGCUGCAGGAGCUGUCAAGAGAUUUGAACUGAAAAUGAUCGGCUCAACAUUACAAAGAACGCGUCAAUGACAGCCUCACAACUUUGUAUGAGCUACCACUUUUAACUUAUCUGUCGGUAGAGUGAAUAUUACUUGAAUUCUCUUUUUUAUUCUUUGUACUUAUGUGGUUUUUGCCGUUGAGAAGAUAUAUAGAUACAGGUGGUACAUAAUUGUUAAAA